GCGCGCGGGGCCCGCCGCAGGGAGCGGCGGCGCAGGCGGAAGAAUGUCAGUGGCUGCUUACUGUGUAUUUUGCUACAGAAAAAUAGGAACUUCUGGUCCAACCACAAAAAAACACCUACCCUGGUAUGACAUCAGAAAAGUUGCAAAAGUAACUGGAUCACUUAUACUAGGAGGCUUUGUUUUCAUUACCUAUCAAGUCCUGUCCUUAAAUAAGUUACUGAAAAUCGAUACUCAAGCUCUACAUCAAGAAAAACUGAAAUCCUAUAUAUAUGUACGUACAGCUUCUCUAAGCCCGAGUGAAUAUCAAGGAAUUACAUACAGAGCCAGAAAAGAAAUCCAUAAAGCAGUGAGGAGAAUUCUAGAAAAAGAAGCUAAAAUCUUCCGGACAUCUUUUAGUGAACAAUUCAGUACCUUUGAUGGAGAAGAUCAUGAGUGUGCCUUAUGGCUUCUCUUAAAGAGAACUCAGUCAGAAGACAAAGCAACCCGACUGCAGGCUGUACAAGACCUGGCAAGCAACAGUCACUGGCAUGAUUAUCAGUAUGUCACAGUUGCUCAAACCUGUGAUCAAAGGACUGCUAUAGGUUUGGCUCGAUCCAAAGAUGUUGACCUGCGCUUUUUCCUGCCUCCACCACCAUUGCCAAAAAUAAAAACUGACGAUCCCAUAGAAGAUGAACUUCGUUUGUUGUUGGUGUCUUUACCUCAGACUGGUCUGGAUCCAUGUGUCCAGUACUUCACAUCCCUUGCGUUACGGGAAAGUAGCCAGACUCUGGCUGCACAAAUGGGAGGCUUGUGGUGUUUUGGAGGAAAUGGACUUCCAUAUUGUGAGACAUUGAGUAUAGUCCCUUCAGAGACAGUGGAACUCUUUUGCUUGCAGGCUUUAGUACAGCAUUCUAAGAUUUCCUCUCACUGUGAUAAAAUUGAAGCUAAAGGAGGCCUCCAGCUACUGCAGAGGAUAUACCAGCUACGUAAAGAUUCUGCAAAGAUCCAGAGGAACAUAAUCCGCAUUAUUGGGAACAUGGCUUUGGAUGAACAUCUGCACUCAUCCAUAGUACGUGCAGGUUGGGUUUCUGUUCUUGCUGAAGUAAUGAAAUCCCCAUACAUCAUUCAGUCUUCUCAUGCAUCCAGAGCUUUGGCUAAUCUAGACAGGGACAUGGUGAAAGAAAAAUAUGCAGAUGGUGUUUAUGUCUUACAUCCACAAUAUCGUAGCAGCCAGCCUGUCAGAGCAGACAUCCUCUUCGUUCAUGGGCUUUUGGGAGCAGCAUUUAAAACCUGGCGGCAGCAGGACAUGGACCGGCAUUUGGAUAGAAGGGCCUCAGAAGGGGAGGAGGAAUACACUCAGUGCUGGCCAAAGACAUGGCUUGCUUCAGACUGUCCUUCCCUUAGGAUCAUAUCUGUGGAGUAUGACACCCAUUUGAGUGACUGGAAAGCAAAAUGUCCUGUUGAGGCUCAAAGGGAGUCUAUUGCUUUCAGGAGCAGUGAGCUGCUUGACAAGCUCAAAGCUGCUGGGAUUGGAGACAGACCUCUGGUGUGGGUAUCCCAUAGCAUGGGUGGUCUUCUAGUCAAAAGGAUGCUGGUGGAUGCUUCCAAGAAUCCAGAAAUGGAUAAAAUUGUAAACAACACCAGAGGAAUCAUAUUUUAUAGCGUACCUCACCAUGGUUCCCAGCUGGCUGAAUAUUCUAUAAAUGCCAGAUAUCUCCUCUUCCCAUCUGUGGAGGUUAAAGAGCUCAGCAAGGAUUCUCCUGCCCUUAAAGAGCUGAAUGAUGACUUCUUGUCUUUUGCCAAAGACAAGAAAUUUUCAGUGCUGAGUUUUGCAGAAACCCUACCCACACACAUAGGCAGCAUGUUAAAACUGCAUGUUGUACCUGUAGAGUCAGCAGACAUAGGAAUUGGAGACCUUAUUCCAGUGGAUGUUAAUCAUCUAAAUAUUUGCAAGCCAAAGAAGAAGGAUGCUUUCCUGUAUCAACGUACACUGAAGUUCAUUCAGGAUGUUUUAGCCCCAGAACUGUGAGACUGAGGUUUUGCCAUCCUUUCCUGCUUGUGUCCUGUGUUUGGUGUAACACAGAAACUUCUAACAUUUGUUAGGGGAUCUGCAGAAUUACAAGGGUGCUGUGUCAAUAGUAUCUGCUGCUGAAUAAUUUCUUGUAUAUCUUGAACUUUAGGCACCUGUCCAUUUCUUUUUCAAAAUACAUUCAAAACAAAUACAAACUUGGCAAAAAGAAAGUGUGUGCCCAGGGUAUCUUCUUUUAGCAAAAAAACCAACCUAA